AUGUUUACCCUACAUACCCCGAUUCCAAUGAGAUUUCUAAAUGAAUCGCAGGAACAAGGCUCAAUUUUGUUAGAUAAUAACCGUGACAAGUUCUUGAUCUUCCUUCAAGUUGAAUUGGAAAUUGGGUUAAAGGUUAAGCUUUUCGUACAAAGGAGAAAAAUGGCGACUCCAGUUGACCCACCAAAUGGGAUUAAAUCCGAAGGGAAGCAUUACUUUUCAAUGUGGAAAGCGUUGUUUGAAAUCGAUACAAAAUAUGUUCCAAUUAAGCCAAUUGGUCGAGGUGCAUAUGGGAUUGUUUGUUCUUCUGUGAAUCGUGAAACCAAUGAGAAAGUAGCAAUAAAGAAGAUACACAAUGCCUUUGAUAACCGAAUUGAUGCACUUAGAACUUUGCGUGAACUCAAACUUCUUCGACAUCUUAGACACGAAAAUGUUAUUCGUUUGGUAGAUGUUAUGGUGCCCAUUCAAAGGAGAAGUUUUAAAGAUGUUUAUUUGGUUUAUGAGCUUAUGGAUACAGAUUUGCAUCAGAUUAUUAAAUCAUCUCAGGCACUUAGCAAUGAUCACUGCCAAUACUUCCUCUUCCAGUUGUUGCGAGGCUUGAAGUAUCUACACUCAGUCAACAUCCUCCAUCGCGACUUAAAGCCCGGAAACCUCCUCAUAAACGCAAAUUGCGACCUAAAAAUAUGCGAUUUUGGGUUAGCACGUACAAACACCGGUAAAGACCAAUUCAUGACAGAAUACGUAGUCACCCGUUGGUAUCGAGCCCCAGAGCUUCUUCUCUGUUGCGACAACUACGACACCUCCAUUGACGUAUGGUCAGUCGGAUGCAUCUUCGCUGAACUUUUGGGCAGAAAACCCUUAUUUCCAGGAACAGAGUGUUUAAACCAGUUGAAAUUGAUUGUCAACAUACUCGGAAGUCAAAGAGAAGAUAAUAUCGAGUUUAUCGAUAACCCUAAAGCGAGAAAUUACAUAAAGUCGCUUCCUUUUUCACCUGGGACUUCGUUUUCUCGACUUUAUCCUCAUGCGCAUCCGUUAGCGAUAGAUCUAUUGCAGAAGAUGUUGGUUUUUGAUCCUUCGAAGAGGAUUAGUGUGGUGGAUGCGCUUCGUCAUCCUUAUAUGUCGCAACUUUAUGAUCCGAAUACUGAUCCUCAGGCUCAAGUUCCGGUGGAUUUGGAUAUUGAUGAGGAUUGGGGGGAGGAGAUGAUAAGGGAGAUGAUGUGGAAGGAGAUGAUUCAUUAUCAUCCUGAAGCUGUGGCUGCUGCUAAUUCUGAGGUAAUGUUGUAAGUUGUGGCUACGUAUCUUAAUCUUACACAGUUACAGUUGUUAUGAGUUUAAUAAACAGGGGAGAUUGGGAGAUGAUGCAUUUCUAGUUUAUGUUGUUGAAUGCCAAACAAUCUCUGGUUAUGUAAAUAGAUGUGUGUGUGUUUUUUUUUUCACUCCCACCCCAUAAAGGAGAUUAGAGAGUUGUUUGUGUUCUUGUUGAAACUCUUGGAACUUUGUUCUUGUUGUACAUUAAGUUAUAUGAUUAUAGUAGAACUAAAAGGGUUGUUGUGUUGAA